AUGCAAACCACAAAACAAAUAUUCGAAUCAGUUCUCACUACUCCACAGAAAGCCCAACUUUACAACAGCACUGUGGUACCCAGUGUCAUCUACAUCAUGGGCAACUUAUACCCCGAUGAAAAAAGAGCAUCAACUCUGAAGAAAUGUAGAGAUAUUGAUAAGGAGGUGAGGAAAGUCCUUGUGAAAAAUAAUAUAAAAUGGAAAACAACAUCAAAUGACCAUGUAUACCUCCCAAUCAGCAAGGGAGGAAUCGGCCUGAAGUCUAUCGAGGUGGAAACUGAAAUUCAGAUGGUCAGGAAGGGCAUAUACAUCAGGUCACAUACUGAAAUGAAAGAAGCAGAGGAAAAAUACCUGGCCCUGCAAAGAGGAGAAUGGAGAAAUCCUCUAAGUGACCAAGAAUUCGUGAUGGACAAAUAUGAAUGCCCUGAAAUUAGAUAUGACACCCAAAACAUCAGGAAAAACUGCAGCUUGCUCAAGAAACACAUAGAGACCACAUUCCUUGGCCAACUACAGGAGGGAUGGGCCCGGAACAUGAAUUAUGGCCGGAUAUUUACGAAAGAAGAGGAUAUUGAGAUUCCAGCCUCCCUGUCCCCGCUCAUGGAUGGAUGGAGAUUUUCCUUACUGCAUAGUGCCGCAGAGGAGCAAAUACAUGGCUUAGGGUGUAUCCCGGGAAGACAGAAGAACUGCAGAAAGGGAUGCAACAAAACAGAAACUGCAUACCACGUAAGCAGUGCAUGUAUCACACGUGCAUAUACUACCAGGCACGACUAUGCAGUACACUGGAUCCUGAAAACGUUGCUGAAAAGCCUGGGUGCUCCGGAGGCCAUCGGGACCAACCUACAGUUUGGCAAAGCCACUCUCAAUGUGGAUUUUGAGGGUAAGAGAAAAGUCGAAAUAAGAGCUGGCAUGAAGUUACUCACGGAAAAACGACUGCACCAUAAUAAGCCAGACAUUUUUAUACAUCUAUGGAAUCCAGAGGAAAUACUGAUCCUCGAAGUCUCAGUCGCUCACCUGCAAAAUUAUCGACUGCAGGAGAAAAUCAAGAAAUCAAGGUACGCCAUCAACAGCUGCUCCCAUGUAGACCAUCAAAAUGUGGGUGAAAUAUCCAGGGACCUGAACCUAGUUGGAGAGCUACAAUCUCUCUACAAUUGCCCCGUACACCUGGGAAUAUUCGUGAUCGGUUGCUUUGGGGAGAUAGUGGCAACUGACGAGCACAAACACUUUAAAAAAUUACUCUCUAGAAUAGGAGUGACAAAUCUUGAUAUGAAAAUCUUGAUCAAUAAAUGCUCUUACAGUGUUGCUGUCUCCACGAGCAAUAUCAUAUUAAAACAUCUGGGCUCAUAG